CGCGCCGUUUGGCGCGGUGGUUGCUGCGAUACUGGGUCCGGUGCUGUUUGCGGAGGCUUCAGGGCUGCUUGGGAGUCCGGUAGAUGUUCAAAAGGGGACAGAGAUGGCCAGCAGUCAGAAACCUCCAGUACCUCAUCCUUCUUCAAGAUCAGGGCUGACCACAAGGCCUACCUCUGCGUCAAGGACUCCAUCAGGAAGCAGAACGGGAACUGCAAUGCCUCCUAGUUCAUCAAGACCCUGUUCCCGUGGUGUUUCUUCGACUACGGGAGGAGUUUUACCAUCUCAGAUUAAAGUCGCAGACCGCCCAGUGACUCAACAGGGAUUAAGUGGAAUGAAAACUGCGGUGAAAGGUCCUCAGAGACAGAUAAUGGAUAAAACAUAUUACCUUGGACUGCUGAGAAGCAAAACAAACGAACUCACAACAGAAAUUAAUAAGCUGCAGGAAGAAGUAGAAAUGUACAAGCAAGAGAAAUCUGUCUAUUUGUCAUAUGAAAAACGGGCAGAGACUUUAGCUGGUGAAAUCAAAGAAUUUCAAGGUCAUCUAGCAGACUACAACAUGGUUGUGGAUAUACUUAACACCAAUACAGAUAUAGCAGAAGUAAUUCGAGAUUACAAUAUGUUAAAGGUGCAGAAUGACAGAGAUGCUCAGAGUGUGGAUAAAAUUUUCACAGAAAGACAAGCCACAGAAAAAUUAAUUCAAGGUGCAGAAGAAGAUAUUGAACAUGAAAAAGUUGUAGCAGAUGACAUAAUAAAAGACAUGUCGCAGGAAAAUCAAGCUAAAUAUAUGGAAUUGAAGGCUGCAAAUGAAAAACUCUCCCAGGAAUUGGUUGUUCAACAGCAGGAAUUGGAUGCUCUGCAUGUAAAGGAGGAGGCUCUAAGAGCUGAAAUAGCACACUCCCUGGUGAAACAAGAGGCUGUGCAGCUGUAUGAGAAGCUCCAUGAGCUCGAGGAACGUCGAAAUCAAAUGAUUGCUGAUGAUAAGAACAUGGAAUCUCCACAGGAGGAAAGAGACAGAUUACUAAAGCAGGUUAAGGAUGAUAGUCAAGAAAUAGCAAGCAUGGAAAGACAGCUAACAGACGUAAAAGAAAAAAUAAACCAUUUUAAAAAGGUCAUUCAGCAACUUGAUAUGGAUCUGGAGAAUCAUCAAGGAGAUGAAAAUCGGAAAUACAAGGAGCUGAAGAAGAAGGAAGAGAGCAUAGACAAUUUUUUUGAGACUUUUGAAGAAGUGAAGAAUCAGGAGCUGGAACGAAAGGCCCAAAUAGAAGCUAACAUUGUUGCACUCCUGGAGCACUCAAGCAGAAAUGUGAAUCACAUGAAACAAAUUUCAUCUGUAACAAAUCAAGAGCUGAAGAUUAUGCAGGAAGACCUGACUUUCAAGUCAAAUGAAAUGCAGAAAUCACAGAGCACUGCUAAGAAUCUGGUAACAGAGAGUCAAAAACUGCAAAUGGACCUACAGAAGAUGGAGGUCUUGGAAGGCAAGAUGGUUGAUGAGCUGGCCUCUCUUAAAGACAAAAUUGAGCAAACCAAAAUGGAUUUGGAGGUCUAUAAUAAUUUGCCAGCUCUGAGAGCAUCAGGAGAAGAGAAGAAAAAGAAACUCCAGAGUGACAAAGAAAGAUUAACAAAACGUAGCUGUACUUUCAAUAAAAUAAUGGAACAGUUGAAUACAGAGUAUGAGACACUAAAGAGAGAGCUUGAAGAGAAUGAGACACAUUCUCAGCUCACAAAUUUGGAGAGGAAGUGGCAACACCAUGAGCAAAACAACUUCAUGAUGAAGGAAUUCAUAGCAACAAAAAGUCAGGAGAGUGACUAUGAACCAGUAAUGAAGAACGUGAGAACACUGGUCACAGACUACAACAAAGCUCUCAUAGAAGCUUUACAGAACACCAAGAACUAAAUCCAGGCGCUUCCUUCCUGACCCAAUGGACCAACAAUGAAAGAUGUGCACAGGCAGCAUGGAAAACUGGACAACUGAGCUCAUUCACUUACCACUAUGAUGACAGACAUUCUUAAUAAUAUUUUUCCAGGUUCUCAGAAGUCACAGGUUUUAUUAGUAUUCCUCUUUUUGCAGCGUUCAAAAAUUUUGAAAAUAAACUUCUGAGUUUUAGAAACUUGUAGAAAUAUAAAGGAAAUACUGCACAAUCAGUGUAAAAAUCAUCACAAUAUGUUACUGAGGCCCAUUGCUGGAUUGCAUCUCAAAUGUAAAACUUCAGUCUGCUUUACACAGUGAAUCUCUGUCUUGCAGUCCUGUCCUUGCCAAACAGAAUAGUUUUCCCUGAGUAAGGACUGCCUGACAGUCCUUAAAUAAAGCAUAUAAUAAAGAAAGUCAGCAUAAGGUAAUAUAUAAAGUAAUAUCAUACAUUUCCUGUUUAAAUAUAAAUUUGUAACAACUAAAGGAAACAUCGAAGGAUAAAAAUCAUCCUUUCGAGACAAAAUUUGUUUCAUAGUGUAAAGUCUUAGAAUAAAAGCAAGUGGACCUGUAAGCAAAUUUUAAUAUCCCAGAGGAGAACAAAUAAACUCCCUUAUUUUCUACUUUUUUAAUGCCAUUCCAAAGAGAAAACUGUGAUAAAAAAUAUUGAAACACAGCUAAUACUGAGCUUGUGCAGCGCACUUUACUUUUGUAGUAUUCACUAAUAAAGUAAAUAACAAGGAUGA